GUUCAAUGCACAAUGUGUGAUUUUGGUUGAAAUUGCACAGGACAUCUAUCGAAAAUGCGAGGAAACAGUUGUUCGAGUGUCAAUGUGCUCACACUGACAGGCGAAACGAUAAACGUCAACCACAAUCAAAACAUUGUUAUUCGAAUAGUUGCGUCGCAUCGAUUGAAAUCGUAAACAGCCGAAGUGAAUUUGAUUUUUAAGGAAAUUUCAAAGCAACGCAUUGCUUCAGCGAAUUUUCAUACGUGAGCAUCGAUGUUAACCAAAGCACAGUUUGUAAAUCAUCAACAAAUUUCCUGUAAGUUUCACUUUAUCGGUUUCCCGCCGUUUUAGAAAUGGCUGAAAAUACUACGAGCACUGAGGCUGCAGCCGAACAAGAUGUAUUACCAAAAGAAAAUCAUCCGAAAUGUUCAUUCACCGAAAAUAAUUCACAUUCACCCAAGAAACGUGCUUCAGAUUCGCAACCAAACAGCAGUCCAUCGAAAAAACUACGACUGGAGCUGCCAAAACCAGUGACAAAUGGUCAUGAAAAAUUCAACGGGGCAAAAAACAAAAAUAAGUUUAUUUACGGCAAUUACAAUCGGUAUUAUGGCUACAGGUGCGAGAAAAAUGUUGAAGAUGUACGUUUGAAUGCUCUCAUCCAGUACGAGGAGCUAUUCAUUGGCAAGGAAAUUGUGGACAUUGGCUGCAACGAUGGAUCAUUAACAAUAGCGCUGGCCAAACGUCUCCCCAUAAAUUUCAUCAGUGGAAUCGACAUCGAUGCCAAUCUGAUUGGCAAAGCUCGUCGAAGUGUUGUGCAUGAAACCCAGGCCAUUGUAAACAAUAACGAUAAGAAUGUUAUUAAGCAAGCGAACUUUCCGAACAAUAUUGCAUUCAAGCAAUGUAACUAUGUGUUGAGCAACGACAGUCUGUUGGAGUUGGAUGAGCCGCGGUAUGACACAAUUCUGUGCUUGUCAGUCACCAAAUGGAUUCAUUUGAAUUUCGGCGAUGAUGGCUUGAAGCGGGCUUUCAAACGAAUGUACCGCCAACUCAAAGAGAAUGGAACGUUGAUCUUAGAAGCACAGGACUGGAAGAGCUACAAACGCCGAAAGAAUCUCACACCCGAAAUCAAUUUGCAUUACAAAAACAUUCAACUCGUCCCAAAACAGUUUCACGAUUAUUUGAUGAGCAGUGAAAUUGGAUUUGAAAGUUUCUACGCAAUCAAAUUACCACAAGAACAUUCCGCAAACGGAUUCAAACGGCCAGUCAUCGCAUACAAAAAGGGUAAAGGCUCAACAUCAAGUUGAUGGAGCUGAACAGGCGUUCUAAAUAAAUUACAUUUUAGUGAACGAUUUAUUCGAAACCGAAGGUGAUAAAAUACUUAGGUACAACUAAAGACUGAACUAUGUAAGAGAUUCAGUAGGUUUUAUUCAAUAGAAUACACAUGUAAUUUUAAACGAUUUGUUAAAACUUUAUUUGAGAAAGAUACAAGCCUCAAGGCACAAUCCAUGUUAAUGGUUUAACUUGGCCAAUAAAUUCACUUUUUAUAAUUAAUA